AUAUUUCGUUAGUUUUAAAAUGAGAAGCAUUUCAAAUCACAGCAGACCAUAUUAAAUGUCAUCAAAAUUGUAGAAUGUUCAAGUUUUACGAUUCAAUCCAUGCUUCAUAGUUAUUAGAAAUAAAAGGUAUUACACCUUCGCAUCUUCCAAUUGUUCAGUGUUUUUGAAAUAAUGACAACUACCAAAUCGUUAAGAGACAAGUCCUAUACAUCAUGUCCCCGGGUGACUCCACGACCCACGGCGGCGUCAGCUGCACGAGCCGCGAGGAACGCCUCCAAUAGGAACUUAUCCUUGCCAACACCCCAACGAACGUCUCCGACAAGAACGACGUCACCUGUUUCAUCAAAAAUAAAAACUACGUUUUCACGCAAUGGACAGAGAUCCGAAUCCAAAACCGAAAUUAAAAUAAAUAGGAAUACUGAGAAUCAGUUUUUGGAACCCGACUGUGAGGCUGGUAUAAAACAAGACAGUUCUUACAUAAAAGACCCUGGAUCUGUCAUAUCUGAGAAUAUAACAAACGAGAAGGUGUUGUGUUUAAAUGAAGAAGUCAAUGAACCAUUUCUAAACACUAUCGAAACACUAGACAUACAACACAUGGAGGUAAACCCUGGAGCUUACGUGGAAUCAGUGGAAACAGAGAAUAAAACUCCCAUCGAAGAGAGCAAGCGGCGUCCCCCCACGCCGGUGUUCAGUCGUCCGCAGACCCCGCGGAGCUCAACGAGUCGACCGCAAACUCCCCGCCAAGUACCGACUCCGCGGCUCCCAACUCCUCGCAGCCGUCCCAGCACCCCACAGAAGAGUGCACCGCGAGUCAAAACACCCACACUGCAACCUCGCCCUUCAACCCCCAGCUCGCAAGCAACGAACGGCGACGAUCUUAUAGUAGCCUACUCCACCAAGCGGAAGCAAUUCCACCGCUUGAAAAAGGAACUCGACCUGAAACAACAAGCCGUGCUAGAACUUUUCGAAACCUUGCGUGAUCUGCGCCCUAAGCUGCCGGGAGAGCAGCCAGUCGGAGUGGAAGGAGAGCUGGUGGUGUUUAACGUGGCGGACUGGGCGCCUGAGGAGGUGACGCAACUGUGCCGAGACGCCGCCGCCUCUUCCUUCAACGAAGGCACCGUGGAGCUCAUCAACACUACUGUCGCUAUAGAUGAAAACGCAUUGGGAGAAGUGGAAACGAAAGUGUUGAACAUUCCCGGAUAUUUUGCGGAACUAUGUCUCCAGGCAUUUACAGCACGUCAAGAGCUGAUUGAUUGGAUUAAAGAUUUAGUCGAAAAAAAGGAAAUUCUGAACGAGGAUGUUAUGGACCGAAUUUCUGCUUACAAUAACCAGGGCCUCCAUUUAUGCGAAACUCUACGAGAGUUGAAGUCCAAAGCUGAUGAGGCCGUGAAUACUGUAACGCUGUUGUUAAAACGAGCUUGCAAUGAACGUUCAACACUUGUAACAGUUGGAGAGUCUUUAGUUCGAGAAGUCGCAAGACUACGUCAAGAUCUUGAAAACCGGUCUGUAGUCGUGGAGGAAAUUCAUGAACCACGCGUCGACCCGGAAAUGAAUAAGGCUCUAGAGGAUCUACGUAGUGAAUUAGAAGAGGAGCGGAUUGCCAAAACGGCAGUGAAAGACAAGUUGGCAAGCGCCGAAACGCAACUGCGCCAGAUGCGUUUGCGAAUUUCGAAAAUGGACCGACAGCUUCGGGAGGCAGACGCCAGCAUAAUCAGUCUGACAGAAACUGUUAAAUCUUCAGAGGACAAGAUCAGACAACGAGAAGUACAUUUUGAGGCCAGAGCGAGGAAGUUAAAAGAAACUUUAAAAACUGGAGAAGUAGCUAGUAACCAUUUGGCGCAACAACGUGACGCUCUGCAAAUAGAAGUGAAUCAACUUAAGGAUCAAAUACAAACAAUGACAGCUCAGCACAAAACGGACGUUCAGGAACUGAAUCAAAGAAUAAAGGAUAUGACGUUUACUGCUGAAGAAAAUAAAAUAUCGACACAGACUCUGCUUGAAGAAAACCAAAAUCUUCAAUCCCUCCUCGGCGAAAGCAAACAUUGCAACGAGGAAUUGAAAUCCAAAAUAACUGAUCUGGAAAACAGUAAACCAAAUCCAGACUUGCCAACGGAAAGAGAAAUGGAUUUAUGGGCGGAAUUACAAGCAACUAAAGACACACUACGGAUGACUGAAGACGAGAUCACGGCUUGCAAGAGAGAGAAGAUACGCUUUUUGGAGAGCCUUUCAAAAAUUGCUGAAUCCGACGAUAAAAUAGGAUUACAACAAAAAUUAUCUGCCGAGUUACUCAAUAAGGAAGAAAUAUUAUCAAAAAUGCAAACACAAAUACGAGAUUUAACUAAGAGUAUCAAGCUAAAUGAACAGAAGGUCAUUCAAUAUGAACAGUUUGUCAGAGACAUACAAGCGCAUAACCGUGCAGUGGCCAACUGUAAGGAAGCACCUAACGGCAUCAGUUAUGAAGACUUACAGCAGGAGAUUAUGAACCUCAAGAUGAACCUCUUGGACGCAGUCCACCGCAACGAUGAACUGUCGGAAGUCUUGGCACAGAAGGAGCAGCAACUAGAACACCAGGACAAAACGUCACGUGCUCAGACAAAAGUCAUUAAGGUUCGCGAAGAGUUGAUCAAUUUGCUUAAAAACAAAGAGACCGAGCAGAGCCGGGAGCUCGCUGGACUACAGCAAGAUUUAGAGCAUCGAAUGAGGAUAGUUGACGAAGUGAACAAGCAGAUAGCAGAAAAGGCGGACGAGAUUCAAGAGCUGUUUAGCACGUUAGAGAACAAACAACAGCAAAUCCACCGCCUGGAAAAGAUUGUGCUGGCGCUGGAGGAGCAACAGCGACGGGCGCAGGCUCAACGCACGCGGCAUGAGGAGAAAAUAGCGGCACUAGAACACGAGCUGGCAGCUGGAGGGAUCAGAAAGGAACGGAAAUUUCUUUUCUUUUAAUUUCGGAUAAAAAUUUUGCGGAGACGUGGAACAUGUUGAUUUUUUGUCAAGUGGGUUAAAGUUUUAGUCAAAUUUAUAUUGUUUUUGUGAUUAUUG